UGUCACGGCUCAGUCUUUCUCUCUCUAAACAGCACUCUUUGCCUCUCUCUCUCCCCCCCUUUUCAUCCGCAUUGCUACAACGAUUUGAACUUUUCUGGGUUCAUCAAUGGAGUCCAUUCUGGGAAGAAAGAGCUUCGUGUUUAGAGAGAGAGGGGGAGGGAGUUACAGUGGGGGAGGAGGAGAGAGAGUGGUCUCCGAUUGGUGGAACCAAAUCGAGGACUCCAAAGAAUGGCAACAGAGCAUUUUCUAUGCUCUUUCUGCCGCAUACGCAUUGGUAUCUAUGGUUGCUCUGGUACAACUUGUUCGCAUUCAAUUGAGAGUACCAGAAUAUGGUUGGACAACGCAAAAGGUUUUCCACUUGAUGAAUUUUGUUGUCAAUGGAUUGAGGGCUAUCCUCUUUGGAAGCUACAGGAGCAUCUUUCAUCUCCAAUCAAAAACACUUGAAAUGAUACUUCUGGAUCUUCCUGGUCUUCUAUUCUUUUCAACGUAUACACUACUUGUUUUGUUUUGGGCUGAGAUAUACUAUCAGGCAAGGAGCCUUCCCAUUGACAAACUUAGACCUGCAUACUUUGGUGUCAAUGUACUCGUGUACUUCAUACAGGUGUGUAUCUGGAUUUAUGUAAGACUCAGCCAAAGUCCUGCCGCAGUUGAAAUUUCUAAACUUUUCUUCUCAGUUAUUUCAUUCUGUGCUGCUCUUGGAUUCUUGAUAUAUGGUGGAAGGUUAUUUAUCAUGCUACGACAUUUCCCUAUUGAAUCUAGAGGUCGACAAAAGAAGCUGCAUGAGGUUGGCUCUGUAACAGGAGUUUGCUGCACUUGUUUCUUGAUAAGAUGCUUUAUGGUCGCUCUCUCUGCCUUUAAUGAGAAUGCCAAUGUUGAUGUCCUGGACCAUCCCAUCCUAGAUUUUGUCUAUUACCUGAUAGUGGAGGUUUUUCCGUCUGCGUUGGUGCUCUUCAUCCUCCGAAAGCUGCCACCAAGACGUGUGUCCGAUCACUAUCAUCCCAUUAGGUGAUUCUGGCUGUUCCCUUUUAUCGGCAAUAUUUUAGUGUGGUUUCUAAAGGGUACCAUCAAAUUUGAGAAUCCGGUAUCAGCAACCGUCUUAUCGAGGUGACUUCCAGGCUGAAUUAGGGUGCUCAAAGAAUGUAUUUACAUGUAAAAAAACAGUGUGUCUUGUUAGGUAUGCUUCAAAAUUUCCAAGGAAUGAGAAAAGUUUUGUCACUGAUUAGUUUCAUAAAGAGAAGGGUCUAUGGAGAAACAUGUGGUUGAGCUUGAGCCCAGGAAAAAACCCAUUAAGUGGAACUCUAUUAAUGGAUGGGGCCUAGCAAUGCAACCGCAUGAAUUUACUUGAUACAACUGAUUUUUGACUCUUGGUUGCUUACCACGGAAAAUUAUACACUACCCAAGCGGGUAGCAGUUGUUAAAUACCCCUAACCAAUCACAAUCUUCCAUUUACCUUAAUAAUAGGAAAUGGAAUGUUGUGAUUGGCUGGGGGCAUUUCGUAGCCGUUACUCCCGGGUACCAAAUAGCUUCUCGCUUACUGCUAGUAUUUGAUAACAUUUAUGCUUCUUUUGGUAGGAUGGAAAAAAAAUGAAUGAAAGGGAAAAAAGAAGAUAUGAAUGAAAUAUUCUUAGGGAAGAUAUUAUGUCAUUCUUUCGUUUUGUUUGGUUAGAUAGAAGAGAAGAGAAUAAUAUUAUACUUUAUUUUGUUUGUUAAGAUAGAAGAAAAGAGAAAUUGAUGAUUAUAAGGAAAGU